AUGCUGGCAGGCCGUGGCGGACGCUGGCAGGCUGGGGCGGACGCUGGCAGGCCGGGGCGGACGCUAGCAGGCCGGGGCGGGGGCUGGCAGGCCGGGGCGGACGCUAGCAGGCCGUGGCGGACGCUGGCAGGCCGGGGUGGAUGCUGGCAGGCCGUGGCGGACGCUGGCAGGCCGGGGUGGACGCUGGCAGGCCGGGGCGGACGCUGGCAGGCUGGGGCGGACGCUGGCAGGCCGGGGCGGACGCUAGCAGGCCGGGGCGGGGGCUGGCAGGCCGGGGCGGACGCUAGCAGGCCGUGGCGGACGCUGGCAGGCCGGGGUGGAUGCUGGCAGGCCGUGGCGGACGCUGGCAGGCUGGGGCGGGGGCUGGCAGGCCGGGGCGGACGCUGGCAGGCCGGGGUGGACGCUGGCAGGCCGGGGCGGACGCUGGCAGGCCGGGGCGGACGCUGGCAGGCCGGGGCGGACGCUGGCAGGCCGGGGCGGACGCUGGCAGGCCGGGGCGGACGCUGGCAGGCUGGGGCGGGGGCUGGCAGGCCGGGGCGGACGCUGGCAGGCCGGGGUGGACGCUGGCAGGCCGGGGCGGACGCUGGCAGGCCUGUUCUAUCUGGUGUCAAUCCCUUGAGCACACCCAUAAACCAGGGGUUUCAAUUUUCAAUUUUAAAUGAAUAA